AUGAGCGUGCCAACUUACCUCGGAGCCAGCGGCAAGUCCCUGGCUGUCCUCCAAAUCGCCGCCAUCGUCGCCCCUUCCUUUGUGCUCUUCGGCUACAACCAAGCUGGCAUUGGUGGUCUUCUCUCAGAGGAAGAUUGGGUCAAGACAUUCCCCGAGAUCGAUACCGUCAACUCCGAAGGCGCUGAGAAGAGCCGAAAGUCUACACUCCAGGGCUUUGUCGUUGCGACCUUUGUCAUUGGCGCUCUCAUCGGUUCUCUGUCUUGCUCGUGGACUGGUGACAGGUUCGGUCGUCGCAAUGUCAUCUUUGCUGCUGCUGUCUGCUCCUUGAUUGGAGAGAUCCUCGAGGCUUCGUCCUUUGGCCUUGCGCAGUUCAUCGUCGGUCGUGUCAUCAUCGGUUUGGGUAUCGGUCAGUUGAGUUCCAUCGUCCCUGUCUGGCAGAGUGAGACAUCGGCCGCCGUGAACCGUGGUCGACAGGUUGUUCUCACUGGUCUCUUCAUCUGCCUUGGAUAUGUUCUCGAGUCGUGGAUCAACCUUGGCUUCUUCGAGUUCGAGCAUGGCUCUGUCACCUGGAGACCCCCGAUCGCCAUCGCCAUCCUCUUCUCCCUCAUCCUCAUGGCCUCCAUCUACUGCUUCCCCGAGAGCCCCCGAUGGCUCGUCCUCAAGAACCGAUCCGAAGAGGCCCGUCACGCCGUCGCUGCCCUUCGUGGCCUCCCCAUCGACUCCACCGAAGUCCUCGCCGAGGUCGCUGGCAUCGAACACUCCCUCGAAGAGACCUCAGACAAGGCUGCUCGUCUUGGAGACAUGCUCAAGAUGGGUGACGACAAGCUCCUCUACCGCUUCGCUCUGUGCAUCCUCCUCCAGUUCUACCAGCAGAUGAGUGGUUCCAACCUUGUCAGUGUCUACGCCAAUGUUCUCUUCCAGAAGAACCUUGGCCUCGACGCCGAGACAUCCAAGGCUCUCACUGGCGGUGCUCUGACAUGGAAGUUCCUCGCCUCGUUCCUCGCUUUCUUCACCAUCGAUCGAUUCGGCCGUCGUGCUGUCUUUAUGAUCAGUGGUGCUGGUAUGUCAGCUUGCAUGAUCGCUCUCGCCAUCACCACAUCUUUUGGUAGCGAGAACGAGCCUGCCAUGAUCGCUGCUGCUUGCUUCAUCUACCUGUACAACACGUUCGUUCCCAUCGGUUUCCUGGGUGCCAACUUCUUGUACUGUACCGAGGUCGCGCCUAUUCGCCUUCGAAUGGCCAUGUCUUCCAUCUCGACUGCCAACCAUUGGCUAUGGAACUUCAUUGUUGUCAUGGUCACACCCGUCGCCCUCAACACCAUCGGCUGGCAGUACUACAUCGUGUACGCUGUCAUCGCCGCUUGCGUUCCCAUCUCGGUGUACUUCUUCUUCCCCGAGACCAUGGGCCGCAGCCUUGAGGAGAUUGAGCUCGUCUUCAAGGAGUCGCCUUCAGUCUUUGCGACUGUCAAGUUCGCCAAGACGCGACCUCGCGAGACUCCUCAGCAGUUCCUCGCUGGCAAGGAAAAGGCCGACCACUUGGAACAGGGCGAUGAGUAA